AUGAUUGUGUUUCCAUCUGCUUGUGUACCUGCUCCGCUCAUCACUGCCAAAAUGGAGGUGGUUUCAGCAGAAGUCAACAGCUUGCUCCCUGAGGAAAUAAUGGACACCGGUAUAACCUUGGUGGAAGAGGACAGCAUCGAGGCGGUUAUCGUGUCAUCACCAAUGGGAGAUUCUAUUCCCAUGGAAACAGAACUGGAAGAAAUAGUGAAUAUAAGCUCCUCAACUACACCUACAGCCACGGUCACUACAGAAUCAGUUACCGCACCCAGCAAUCACUCAGGCGACGUGACAGUGAACACCACAAUCCCCAAAACUGAUGCAAAUGAAGUAAAGCCUACCUUUCCAAGUGCCCUCCAUAAACUUGGUGCUCAGACCCCUGUCACUAUAUCAGCCAAUCAAAUUAUUCUGAACAAGACUGCCGAUCUUAAAAUAGGCAAUCAGAGUAUUAAACCGGAUGGGCAAAAGCUAAUUGUAACAACUUUGGGCAAGUCUGGCCAACCCAUUGUUUUAGCAUUACCCCACAGCCAGCUGCCACAGGCGCAGAAGACCACAUCCCAAGCCCAAGGUGGAGACUCCAAGGUACAAGGCCAGCAGAUCAAAGUUGUUAUUGGAGGUCGGUCGGAAGUGAAACCUGUUGUUGGUGUCUCAGCUUUGACACAAGGAAGUCAGCUGGUAAACACUGCAGCCCAGCCUUCUGUCUUACCGACCCAGCAAUUAAAAACAGUACAGAUUGCGAAGAAGACACGAACCCCAACUUCUGGGCCAGUGAUCACCAAGCUGAUCUUUGCAAAACCAAUAAAUAGCAAAGCUGUUACAGGGCAGACCACUCAAGUGUCACCGGUCAUUGCAGGUAGAGUUGUUUCACAGUCUGCUCCAGGAACACCACCAAAGACAAUAACAAUCUCUGAGAGUGGAGUCAUUGGAUCAUCUUUGAGUACGACAACACAACAGACAUCAAAUAAAAUAGCUAUCUCACCACUCAAAUCCCCUAAUAAG